AUGUAUUUUUACUAUUUAGAGGCUAGGGCUGCAAUCGCGCGUGCAGCUUCUGUAUUCAUUCUUUAUGCAUCCUCCUAUGCGCAAGAAUGCGCAGUUGGAAAUAAAAGGACAACUGUGACUGCUGCCGACGUUAUCACUGCGAUUAGUAAACUUGAGUGCGACGACCUGGAGAAACCAUUAAAAGAAGCGGUUGAAGUUUGGAAGAGCACAAGACAGCAGAAAUUGGAAGAGGCGAAGAAACGAAAAGUUGAAAAAGCUUAA